GCGGAGGCUCUGCCUGUGCCUGAGCCGCCGCCGCUGCGCUGCUAUCUGCCCGCGCUGCCGGGCGGGCCGGAGCAGGGAGGGGAGAGCGGCUGCAGCCCCCCCCUGCCCGCCCUCCCCUCGCCGCCGGCGCGGAGCGGAGCAGAGGGGCGUGGAGAGGCGGCCCGGCGCGGCGGCUGCCCGCUCGGGCAGGGCGGACAGGGCAGGCAGGGCGGCGGCAGGGCAGGGAUGAGCCCCAGCGGCGCGGCCCGCUGAGCUCCGCCGCCAGCCGGGGUCUGGCCGGGCUGGGCUCGGUGUCCCCCGCGCCGGGAAGCGCGGCGGGGCCGGCCGGGGAUGCGCGGGGGAUCCCGCCGCGGCGCUCCGCCAGACACCGAGACGACCUGUGGAGAAGCCCCAUGAAGGUGACCAGCCAUGCAAUGUUCCUGGAAGGCUGUCCUCCUACUAGCCUUGGCAUCCAUUGCAAUUCAGUACACAGCAAUCCGGACCUUCACUGCCAAGUCUUUCCAGAGCUGCCCCAUCCCCAGCCCCGUGAACUGCAGCCCAAGCCAGGAGGCCGAGGCGGCCGAGAGGCUGUGCGAUGAGAGCCCCACGUUCUCGUACAACCUCUCCAGGAAGACUCACGUCCUCAUCCUGGCCACGACUCGCAGCGGCUCCUCCUUUGUGGGGCAGCUGUUCAACCAGCACUUCGAUGUCUUCUAUUUAUUUGAGCCCCUCUACCACGUCCAGUACACCCUGAUCCCAAAGCUGACCCAGAGCAAGAGCACGACGGACAGGAGGGUGAUGCUGGGGGCCAGCCGGGACCUGCUGAGGAGUCUGUACGACUGCGACCUCUACUUCUUGGAGAACUACAUCAAGCCCCAGCCCGUCAACCACACCACCGACCGCCUCUUCCGCAGGGGAGCCAGCAAGGCCCUGUGCUCGCCGCCCGUCUGCGAGUCUCUGGGAGGCGUCGACCUCCACCUGGAGGAGGGAGACUGCGUGAAGAAGUGCGGGACCUUGAACCUGACGCUGGCCACCGAGUCCUGCAGAGAGCACGGGCACGUGGCCAUCAAAACCGUGAGGGUGCCCGAGGUCAGCGACCUGCGGGCCCUGGUGGAGGACCCGCGGCUGAACUUGAAGGUCAUCCAGCUGGUGAGGGACCCCAGGGGGAUCCUGGCAUCCCGGAGCGAGACCUUCCGGGACACCUACCGGCUGUGGAGGAUCUGGGACGGCACCGGCAGGAAGCCGUACAACCUGGACGUCACCCAGCUCACCACGGUGUGCGAGGACUUCUGGAACUCCGUGUCCACCGGCCUCAACCGGCCGCCGUGGCUCAAGGGCAAGUACAUGCUGGUGCGGUACGAAGACCUGGCCAGGAACCCCAUGAAAAAGACGGAGGAGAUCUACGACUUCCUGGGCAUCCCCCUGGACAGCAACGUGGAGCGCUGGAUACAGAACAACACGCGAGGGGACAGGUCCUCCUCCAAGCACAAGUACGGGACGGUGCGCAACUCGGCGGCCACGGCGGAGAAGUGGCGGUUCCGGCUCUCCUACGAGAUCGUGGCCUUCACCCAGCACGCCUGCCGGCAGGUGCUGGCGCAGCUCGGCUACAGAACCGUCACCUCCGAGGAGCAGCUGAAGAACCUCUCCAUCAGCCUGGUGGAGGAGAGAGACUUUCUGCCCUUCGCCUGAGGCAGCCCUGGGUUUUGAUACGAACCGUUUCUAACUGUUGCCUUAUUUUCAUUAGUUUUGUUUCUUUCCUCCUCUCCCC